AAACAGCUAUUUUGUUGAUCAAAGAAGUUGGCAACACUGCAGCCGCCGCAUACAAAAUAUUUAUAAAAGAGAGGUUUUUUAAAAAAGAUUUAUACAGUUUGCAAUCAUGUCGCUGCAAAGAUUUACAAAUGUUAUCAGACUGGCGCCGAGAGUAAGCGCAAUGCAGACGUAUCGCAACAACACAAACGCAGCUGGAAAUGUGCCACAGUUCAAGACAUUGGCUAUAACGACGCCAAAACCCUUUGUUUUCCAUGUAGAACUCAAUCGUCCAAAGAAACUCAAUGCAAUCGACAGGGAAAUGUGGCUAGAAAUUCGCGACUGCUUCGAGUCGCUGGCAAUUAAUCCGGAUUGUCGCGCCAUUGUAUUGUCGGCAGCUGGGAAACAUUUCUGUGCCGGCAUCGAUCUCAGCUCGAUGAUGAGUCUGGGUCAACAGCUGGCGGAUAGCGAGGAUGUCGCCCGCAAGGGAAUUAUCCUCGAGCGUACGAUUAAAAUCUAUCAGGACUCGAUUAGCGCCGUCGAGCGUUGUACCAAGCCGGUAAUUAUGGCCGUGCAUCAGGCGUGCAUUGGCGCCGGCGUCGAUUUAAUAACGGCUGCGGACAUACGUUACAGCACACAGGAUGCCUUCUUUCAGAUAAAAGAGGUAGACAUUGGCAUGGCCGCCGAUGUGGGCACACUGCAGCGUUUCCCGAAGGCCAUCGGCAGUCAGUCGCUCGCUCGCGAGCUCUGCUUCACGGGACGCCGCUUCGAGGCGACAGAAGCCGAGCGCUGUGGCCUCGUGAGUCGUCUGUUUGCCGAUAAGGAUACGCUGUUAAGUGGCGCUAUCGAUUUGGCUGCCGAUAUUGCCGGACGGAGUCCAAUUGCCGUGCAGACGACCAAGGAGAGCAUGGUUUACUCCCUGGAGCACACCAAUCAAGAGGGACUCGAUCACAUUCGCAUCAUCAACAAAUUGCAUCUGCAAUCGGAGGAUUUUGCACAGGCUGUGGCUGCCCAGCUCACCAAGGAUGAGAAGCCUGUGUUUGCCAAGCUCUAAGAAUUUAAUAUCCAGUCUCGAUUUUCAAUUCAAUUUGUAUAUUUUAUAAUCUAUGCAUUAUUUUGUAAUUAAAUAUGUCCAACUAA